UUGCAAAAUGGCAGACUCCACAAACUUUGACUUCUUUGUAAAAGUUUCGGCGAACGACUGGCGGUUCACGAAGAGGUCUGUAUGUUGCCCCCUGUGAGUGUGUGAGGAUUGUUUGUUGGUAAGAUCUGUCUCUGAUGAAGAUGUCAUGUGACUUUCUAAGAAAAGCAUCCAGAAGGACAAGGCAAGAGAUGGUUUCCUCAAGAUGAAGAAGAACCUGCUUGUCUUUUUGGCUUGCCUGGCGCAUGUCACCAGCAGCAGUGGGGCCACCUUGACCCCCAUUACCCACGACCCUAGAUGUUACAGAUCAACGAACGAGUCUGGUUCGUGCAUUCCUCUAACGUCAAAAUUUUGCCUGAACACACAGCUGACCUUUGAUCACACAUCCCUCAGCCUCGCCAAUGAUUCAAACACACUUGAGGAGGUAUAUGAGAAGCUGAAGCUCUGGAGUGGCUUGCAGAAUGUGCCUCAGUGCUGGGCUGUUGUCCAGCCAUUUCUCUGCUCUGUGUACCUUCCCAGAUGUGAUGACACGCUAGGGGUGGAGCUGCCGAGCCAGGAGCUGUGUGAGCGCACCCGCAAGCCGUGUCAGAUUGUGUACGAGAUCAACAAUGGUUGGCCAGACUUCCUGCGCUGUGACCACCCGAACUUUGUCUCCGGCUGUGGGACAGCGACGUAUGACAAGUUGGUAUUCAACACGACUGGUCGCUGUGAAGCCCCCCUGGUGCGCACUGACGACGCAGGCAGCUGGUAUGACGGUGUAGAAGGCUGCGGUGUGCCCUGCGACAACCCUCUGUUCACCGCGGAGCAGCACAACGAGGUGCACACGUUCAUCGCCGUGUUUGGCUCCAUCUGCUUGGUGUGCACGCUCUUCACCGUGCUAACGUUCAUCAUUGACUGGAAAAAUGCAAACCGCUACCCGGCCCUCAUCUUGUUCUUCAUCAACGCCUGCUUCUUCUUGGGCAGCAUCGGCUGGAUGUCGCAGUUUGCUGGGGAUGCCAGGCGUGACAUUGUUUGUCGCCGCGAUGGAACAGUCAGGAAGGGAGAGCCGCAGCUCGGAUCUAACGAGAGUAUUUCCUGCACGGUGGUGUUCAUCAUCGUCUACUACUUCCUGGUGGCGGGAGUCUCGUGGUUCGUCAUGCUGGCGUACGCCUGGUACGUGACCUUCACCGCGCUGGGCACCUCGCGGGACGCCCUCGUCUCCAAGACUGCCUACUUCCACUUGGUCAGCUGGUGUCUGCCUCUGGUCCUCACCAUUAUUUGUCUGGCUAUCUCUGAGGUGGAUGGUGACUCGGUGAGUGGCAUCUGCUUUGUGGGCAGCUUCAACCACAGCAUGCGGGCUCUGUUUGUCCUGGUGCCCGUCGGGCUGGUCAUGCUGGUCGGGACCUUCUUUUUGCUCCGAGGUGUGUACACGUUAAUCAAGAUCAGGAAAGAAGCACCUGUGUUCAUACCGGAGAAGACUUUUUCCAAGAUCAGGGACACAAUUCUUAGACUAGGCAUCUUUACUGCUGUGGCCCUCAUCUUUGUGCUCAUCACGUUUGCCGUCCACGUGUACAUCUUUGCCAGUGAGGAUCGGUGGAAGAGCAGCUUCCGGGAGUACAUGUAUGCUGAACCUAUGAAAAAUAUAUGGGUGUUCCACAAACCGUCCAAUAAGCCAGUGAAGCUCAAGCGUCAUAAGAUGAUAGCCCAGGCCUUUGAGAAGAGGAAGGAGAUCAAUCAGGGCCGAGUGUCCAUCAGCUACCUCAGCUCUCACGAUGAUCCACUUGGUAUGAAGUUUGACCUCAACAGUGGCAGUGAUGAUGAGCUCUCCUCCAACUUUGCUAUGGCGAUGCCCAACUUGGUUCGUCGACGGGGUGGCCUUAUCUACCCAUCUGCCGGCAUGGGUAGGCGAUAUUCAGACUCGGAUGUCCAGUCCAGCGUGUCGACCCGACGUGUGUCCCGUGAGUCACAGAUGAUGGAGUUCCGUGAAGCCCAGUUUGUCAUGAUUGGCCACGAUGGCCUCCCCGAGGCAGGGCGUAGGACCAAGAAGAAGAUGAAGAAAAAGAAGCGCGGGAGGUUAAACCGAAUACGGCCGGUGGUCGGGCCGCUCUUGAAUGGUAUUCGCUUUGGGAACGGGCGGCUGGGGAACCUCCGCAAGGGCAGCGACUCUUCUGCGAUCAGCCAGAUGUCAGCUCAUAGCGUGCGAGUGUCUAUGGAGAGGAACAGCAUCGAGACGGCGUCCUUGGUGUCGAAUCCACCAGACACGAUUCUCCCAGCCGUUACUCCGAGCAGAGAGGCAGCAGCUUCGUCGUCGAGGAAUCCUAAUCGUGUGGGGCCGUACCUUGAGUUUGGCCCUCGCAAACAGGGCACCGACUUCACCAUUUUCUCUGCGAAGAAUGCGCUAAAUCACAGCCACCACGAGGCAACAGGGGUCCACGGAGGGGUCGGGGCGGCGAGUUCAGGGAUACAGUCGGAGCUGUCACUUCCAGGGGCGCCCGACGAGCCUCCUCCUUCACCGAGGAAGGCUGAGCGAGGGGCACAGCAGCAGCAGCAGCAGCAGCACCAGAAGCAGCAUCACUUCCACCCUUUCCAAACGGACAGCUUCCAGCAGCAGCAAAACCUGAAGUGGGGAGCUCAGGUGGAAGAUGCGGGUCUGAACUCUUCGUCUUCCGAACCAGCCAUGCCUCCUCCACCGUCGGGCCGAAUGGGUCGCAGGAAGUCGAUGGCCGUCGGUACCACUAGUAAAAGAGAGACGCUGGUUACCGUGGAAACCCACCAGAUGGAGUGUGGGCCGGUUCCUUUGUCCAGUCUCAUGGCGGACAUCUCUGGCGGUAACUGGGGCGUGUUGCUGGGCAAAAGUGGGUCAAGCUCCGGGUCGGAGGCGGGGGGUGGUGGGGCCAGUGCUUACAUGAGCGGGGGUAGCGGCUUCAUGGGCCGGCCUCACAGACCUCCAGAUCCGUAUAUGGGCAUGCCGGGUGGCUUGAUGGGCGCGGUGGGAAGUGCAUUUGGUGGCGGAGGGCCAAAUCCGUACAUGUCCGCCCCGUCCAACCACCCGUCGGCGUACAUGGGGGGCGCAGGCCCUUCCUACACCACGGCGAAACAGCGCAGCAAACCUCACAUGGGUAUGUCUGGGAUGAAGGCGAACGGGGGAGCGAGGCCGAAGGUCAUGGGCGACCAGUGGGGUCACUUCCCGGCCUUCUCUCCCCCGCAGAUGCUGCUGGACCAUAGAACCGCCACGCAGCACCACGACCGCCGCUGGGAGCGGGAGAGGAGGAGGGAGAGGGAGCUACGCCGGCCCAACCAAGCCUUUUUCAACGCCAACUACAAUGUGGAGGAUGAUGAUCUCGAGUUCAUUUCUACCUGAUUCAUUGGCAUAUAAUCCUCAUACUUGAAAACAAUGUGGGGGUGCAGGGGGGGGGGGACAAAUGAUGUUUAACAUCGUUGAUCGACAAGAACGACGAACUUUCGCUCCGGUCACAAAACGACGAUCGGCGAUGUUUACUACCCAUUUUCUUUGGAUUUCCCCCGAAACGCUUGUGAGGGCAAAAAUAUUUACUAUAUGAGCCUUGUGAUGGCAAAGUGUUAACUAUGCGUGAUGGGCGGGGAGGGGAGGAAUGUAUGCUACUAUGUGAAAACCUGAGGUAAAUACAGGUUCUCAGUCAAAACUUUUUUUUACUGCAAGUUGGAAGAGUUUGUGCCUGGGUCAUGAUGCAUAUUUAUUGAUCACGUUGUAACUUGCUUACACGAUAGAGUUCGGUUAAGCCGAGUGCGGUUUAAAAGAAAGAAGCAGUGGUAAACUGAAAGCAAAUAAAAUCUCGAAUGAUUCUUUUUUUUGUUUGAGCAACCUGUCUAAAUCGAAAACCUGGCUGAAAUGAAGAAAAUGCAGCAGUCCGGUAGAUUUCGGUUGAAGGCCACACUCUACUUCUUAGCCCCAAAAUCUACAAUUUAGUGAUUUUUAAUUGUUUUUUAAAUCAUUUUCUCAAAGUAUUUCAUUCCAGGAUUGAAAACAAUCAGUUUUGGGAAUCAUUAUCAGUUACAUAAUCACAGAAAUUGCAAAUUUGAAUGAAACUGGGCUAUCUUAAGGACUAUUUUCAAAAGCUAAAAACUCAAACACUAUUCAUGCUAUCUAUGAACUAACUCCACAUUUAUGAUCUGCACACAAAUCUUAAGAAAAUGACGCUAGCUUUUCUUGAAAUUGUUAAUAUUAAUAAUUUUAUUACUGUUAGAAGACUUGCAUAUUCUCGAAUGACAAAAAUAAUCCAAA